UAAGGGGGCUUUGUUUCUGAGUAACUGUAAAAGGCUGCACUGAAUGCCGGUCGCGGCCGGAUUUUCUUGGAGAGCUCUCCUUUGGCUUUUAACUGUCCUGCCCCCGCGCUUCCCCCCCCCCUGCGGAAUUACUGGUUUUGAAUAGAUGAGGCAGCGAGCAGAAAUUAAGCCAUUGAAACUUAUGAUCAUGUAACUAUUAAAGGCAUAAUGUCCAUUUCAUGCAAAAUAAUGGGUAACUAAAGGAGAUAAGGUUACACCGAAUGUAUGCGUGAAUGUGUGUAUAUAUCAACUUUGCAGCAGUUGUAACAGUGACCAGAGCACUCUUGAUGGAGUUUAAAAUUGAACAUACAUGGAACAGCCUUCCAGUGUCCCAUGAUCCAAUAAUGAUCAGGCUGAGUCCUGAAAAUUCAGGAAUAUUGAUGGAAUUGAAUGCUCCGUUUUUCAAUGAUCCUCCAGCUCCUCCUGGUGAACCAGGAAAACCAUUCAAUGGAUUGUGGGAUUAUGAGGUUGUAGAAGCCUUCUUCUUGAAUGAUCAAACUCAGCAGUACCUAGAAGUAGAGCUCUGUCCGCAUGGACAACAUCUUGUAUUGUUCCUUUGUGGCAGACGAAAUAUAUGCAGACAAGAGCUUCCUUUAACAUUUGAAGUGUCAAAAACAAGUGUCAAAUGGAGGGGCCAAGCUAACCUGCCUUGGAAUUAUUUUCCUCCCAACACUGACAGAUUUAAUGCAUUUGCAAUUCAUGGAUCAGGUGUGAACAGAACAUAUGAAGCUUUCUAUCCUAUUCCUCAAAAUGAAGUUCACAAAAACCAGAAACCUGAUUUCCAUCGUCUAGAAUAUUUUAAAAAAUUCAACUUGAAACAAUUAAUGGGAGAAGAUUGGAAACCGAUGGAUUCAGACUUGUGGGCAUCAUGUACUAGAUGAAACAUUUUGGGGAAAUUAAUAUCAUAACUGUGGCAAGAUUAUUGUAUACCAAAAGUUGGAAAAGCAGUGAAAUACCUUUAGUGGAAGAUUGGAUUAUAAAAUUAACUGAAUUUGCAGAAAUGGCAAAGCUGACCAAUUUCGUCAGAGAAAAG